AACAACCCCAACAACAACAACAACAUGAAGUUCUUAUGUCUGUGUGGUUAAAACGUUUAUUUUUUUUUUAUUUUAUUCAGUGUACAACAAUGAUGUGAGAUGGAAGAAAGUGAAAUGGAUGAGAAUUUUUUGAACAAUCAUGUAACUUGGAAUGAGAAUUUAGAAAAAACAGAAAUAAGUAAUUUUAAGCUUGACACUGACUUGUUAAAGAUAAACAAGUGCAUUAGAGCAACUCAGAAUGAUGUUGCUGGAUACCAAGAAAAGGAUGAACCCAAGAUGAUGGAUAAUACUCUGGAGAAAAAGUUAUUUGAAGCUACUGAAUGUAUUCAGAAAAAUUCAGUAAGUGCCAGCACCCACUUCAGGACAAAUUAUCCAGAGGUAAAUGAAGAUCAUGGAAAUUAUUGUGCUGAAAGACAUGGAGUUGAGCCUGUGUGUGAAUCAAUUUCUAUUCAUCCAGAUCCAGAGUUAAUGAACCUACCUCUACAGUUUAAGCAUGAAAUUGAUGAUAGUGAAUUUUUACAUGAUGUAAUUAAUGCUUCACCUGAUUCUGUAAUUAAAGCUCUUCAACCUAUUGUCAAAAUCAAGGCUUUAGAAUCUCAGUCCAUAAUAAAAGUUAUUCAUCUCAAACAAGAGAAAGAUGAUAUAAAGCCUGCUCACAAACUGAUAGAUACUAAACUUCACAAAGAGUUAGUAAGUGUAAAAUACAAGCAUGAAGUACAUGAUAGCCAAAGUAGUUUUGAAAACAAAUGUACACGGCCAAGACGGCAGCUUAGGUAUAAGUGUGAGAAUUGUGAUCAAGGGUAUUCACACAUGUGGACCUUAGAAUCCCAUAGUAGAAUAUGCAAUAAAGUCAGUAAUUUAAGAAAGACACGUUGCAUAUACCCGACAUGUACGAAGGCAUUCUUCCAUAAAUUUCGAAUGAUGGAGCAUUAUGAAAGGGAACACACUGAUGAAGAAGGGCCAGAACUUAAGGCAAAUCCAAAUUUCAUUAAUCCUGAGUAUAUUUGUUGUAAUUGUGAGCGUAUGUUUACUAAUCUGUCAGUUUUGCACUAUCAUGAAGCACUCUGUGGUAAAUCAGUCACUCUCAAGAGUACCAGUCAACUUGGUAUUGUAAAUAAAAUAAAGUGUAUAUAUCCUUCCUGUAGGAAGCACUUUACUCAAAAAUCUAUUAUGAAGCGUCAUGUGAUGAAAGAGCACCCAAAAACAAAGGCAGUGCUAGAGCCCAUCCCAAACUAUAGUUGCCAUAAUUGUUUGCAUACUUUUACUUAUUUGUCCAGUUUCUUAACCCAUGAAAAAUCUUGUGGAAACCGAAGUAAAGUGAAGAAAACACCAUGCAUUCAUCCACUUUGUAAAAGAGAGUUUUUCCAUAAGUACAGACUUAUUCAGCAUGUUAAAGAAGAGCAUCCUGACAUAGAAUAUGUUGAACCUGCAAAGGUUACCAGUUUCAAGUGUCCAAAAUGUGAUCGAGAAUAUUCUCAUGAACGAAGUCUGAAGUCUCAUACACAUACAUGUGGUAAAAGAGGGAAAUUAAGGAAAACACAGUGCAUUCACUCUGCAUGCACAAAGGAAUUCUUCCACACAUCCAGGAUGAUGGAGCACAUUGCUAAAGAUCAUCCUGAUAUAGAUGAACCCUAUCCUAAUAAUAUACAUGGUUUCAAGUGCCAAAACUGUGAUACAGUGUAUGGCCAUUUGCAGAGCUUAAAGCGGCACAUGGAAUCUUGUGGUGUUGGAGGCAAGUUAAGAAAAACACAGUGUAUUCAUCCAUCAUGUGAAAAAGUGUUUUUUCAUAUUUCAUCUAUGAUGAAACACAUGGAGAGUGAUCAUACAGAUAUGGAGGUUAAUGUAUUAGAGAAGCAUUUCACUUCACUUACUGAAUUCAAACUUUGGAAGGAGGAUGAAGAGGUAAAGUCUUUUUCAUAUUUCAGCACAAGGCACAGUAUAACAUCUAAUGAUGGUAAAGCAUACUUAUGCUUUGUAUGUCAGUACAGUGGACCAGACAGGUAUUCAGAUGCAUCCAGUGAUACAGGUAGAGUUUCAUCAAAAAAGUGGAGGAAAGGAAGAGUAAAGUCUGGUAUCAUUUGCCCUGCAAGGAUGCUAGUGAAGGAAUGUCGUGAUGGUUCUGUUUCAGUUAAGUACUUUAAAACUCAUAAUCAUGAUGUUAAUAAGAAUACUGUAAUAUAUCCACCUCCUGCUAAAAGAGCUUUUAGAAAAUAUCAUUUGUCAAUGAGAGAAGCAAAUAAGAACUCUGAAAAUAAUGCUGUGAAUGGUAUUCAUGAAAAAGUUAAAAUAGAUACUAAUGAGGAUACAGUAGAAGUUAGUGUUAAGGAUGAGAUGGUAAGUGGAGAAAUGAUCGCUGAAGCAGUAAUGGGAACUGGUUACUUUGAUUAUAUGGUUAAACCCAAUUGUGGCUAUGUUCUCACUUUGGAAAAGGCAAAUGAAACUGUAAGACUGUUUCAGCAGAGGACAUCAUCUCGUUUUGUCUGCUACAAGGUGCAGCGGAGUUUUGGAAGAGAGGACUGGUGUGUUCUGAAUCGUAAGAUCUUGUGGCAGCAUGAAGAGUUAAGGGAAAAUACUCUACCAGAGUUUGAUGGUGUUCCCUACAUAACUAAUGGCACUAAAGUGCUGGAGUGUCAGUAUGGUGUUUACAGAAGUACAUACCAAAAGAAACAUAACCAUGAGAAAAGAAAGAAUGUGCUGACAAAAGAAGAGGAGCCGAAUGGUCAUCUGUCAAAGAAAGUAAAUUGUCCUGCAAAGAUAUUUCUUAAAGAUGUUAUUAAAUUUCCUGACUUUAAGGUGGAGAUGAAUUCUCAACAAGAGAAAAAGUUGAAAUCAAAUCUCCUACGUUUGGCACUCAGAGAUGGUCAAGCAGAGGGUGAACGAAGGAUAUACAUUCAACUGCCAAAGGAAUCAGAUCACUGUAGCCAUGAAAAAAACCUAUUAAAAUGGUUUAACAAGAACCAGAAGUCUCGAGGUGGUAGAUUAUUAAAUUUUCCUCACUGGGAUACCUACCUAACUGAUGUCAAUUUUCUACACACUUUUAGAGUCACAAAACCUUUGUUUCAGUUUCUAGUUGAUGAGUGGCAGAAAGAGAAAGCGAUUGGACAAGACACUGGUGAAUUAACAUCACCGGAAAAGGAGCCACUAGAUCACCAAGUAUUAGCUGCUUUAUAUUAUCUUGGCUCUACUGAGAGUCUGACUUCAGCCAGUACGAAAUUUAAAGUGAAGGCUUCUAGAUUCACAGAAGUAAUUGUCAAGUUUGCUGAGUUCCUUCUAAAGCAGUUAGAUAAGUAUAUUAUUUGGCCUCCUAUUGAGGAAAGGGUACAAAUAGCUGAGAUUAUUAAGCAGGACUGUGGGUUCCCAGGAGUGUUUGGUGCCAUGGAUGCCUCUCUGAUUCACAUGACUCUGCCUCUUGUAGAUGAUGCUUGCAAAUAUGUGUAUGCCAAUGGAGAAACUGGAACUAAAUGUGCUUUUGUUCUUCAGUUCAUUGUUGAUCACAGACUUGUAUUCCGGGAUAUUCACUUAGAUUCCCCAAAGACAGGAACGCGGAUACAGAUUUUCCAGGAAUCAAGUGCCUGGUUAACCAUCCAGAAUCUUACAAGUGCAGAGACACACUUAGUUGCUCCAGCUGUAUACCCUUUGGCACCAGCCCUGUUGACUCCACACAUGACUGAAAUGUUGUCAUACCAGGAGGCAUUGUACAAUGAGAAUCACCAGGAGGCUCACAAAUUGACCACCAAUGCAAUGACAGUAUUUAAAUCUAGGUUCAGACGUAUGCAAAUGGUUGAUGGUCAUGUAGAAGAUGAAGAAAAGCUUGUAAAAGCAACCUGUGUGCUCCACAACAUUGCUCUUAUGAAUGAAAAUGAAACGGUGUUGAAUGACUUAGGAUUGGAGUACAACAGUGAAGUGGAUGAAGAAGGCUGGCAUACUGUGGGUAUAGAAGAAGUUGUAGCUGAUAUUGGUAUCCUUGGUGGUGAAGAGAAAAGACACUACCUCACUACAGUUAUGACCACUCGAUAAAUUUAUAUAACAUGCUCUACUGUGAUGGAUAUAGUGCUGAUAAAUUAUACAAAAUAUAUAAUUAAAA